ACCGAUCGACGACGUUUUCCCGGAUGGUGUGGACCUUCGCUAGACCAGUCACAUCCAAGCAACCGUUCGAGCUGCAGGGCGAAAGACGUUCGUCGCACACUCUAGUGCAGUUUCGAAUGACUCGAAUUCUAAUGUGGUCUAUAAACAGGUGUCUUAGUAAUCAUAACCUAGAUUAAAUCGUUGUGUCAGUUGAAUGGUUCGCGUUAACUGUUGUAGUCCAAGAAGAUUACCCAUGAUCACAUUAAGCGAUACAAGCAUACUCAAGGCGUGGCAAAUGCAUUUGAAAUACAGUUCAAAAGUGCAAAAGUGCAUUGUGGUAACUUUUCGUACAAUACUGCAAAUUUUCCUCUGAUAACGCUAGAAACACUCAGCACAUAGAUCCCGCAAUCUGGCAACCUUCGCGUAGAAAGCAAAAGAAAGGAAAAGGAGAAAGUUGAGCAAGUGCCUUGGUUGCUUGCCUGAACGUUUGCUGUUCGUUGCCUGUUAUAUUUGUUUUACGCCUUUGGUUCGCUGCUGGUGAUUAAAUAAGCUCGAAUCGAACUCGUGUCCAUCCAGGCGAUAGUGUGUCCAACCGAUCCGUGUACCAAAGCGCAUCGCCACACCAUGGGUGGCACCGUGUUGUGCUGCUGCUACCGGUGGAAACUGAACUGGCCGGAUGAGUGAAGCGAGUGGGGUGUGUGUGUGUCUCGGGGGAUAGUAGCGGUGCAGUGCGAAUUUUCUUCCUUUUCCAGUGCGAGUGUUAAUGAAUAAUUACACUAAUUGUGGCCAUUUAAGGCGACGAAAAAACGGUAGCCAGAAUCAGCUUGUGUCAUCGUCGUCGCGGCGCGAAAAGUGUCCCAGCCAGAAAAGGCAAAGAAAACGAGGCUGCCGCUGUGUUGCCACAGAAGCAUUCCGGAAGAUUAUCUGCCAUAGCGCGGGAAGUGGGCUGAAGGGCAACCACCGGACAGUGUGACAAUUCUUGGCCGGUUUGUUGAUUGGCACGGUUGACUUGAAACUGGAAUCCUGGGAACGGGACCAGCUGUAACACGGGGCAAACGCAAGCUCGAUCGUAAAUACGGCAACACAGAGUUUAAUCGAGACACUGGUCUGUGCGCGGUCACUUUAGGUACAAAAUUGUGUUAGUGUGGUGACCGUUAAGGAGCACAUCCAUUUCACAAGUGAAUGCGUUACAACCCCACGAGCGUAAAGUGUGUGGUAAAAUCAUUUUGGCGUCAUUUUACUUCAUCAUUCAACACUAACGACAAAAGAUGAUGGUUUACGGCGAUCGUGUACCUAGUUGGCAAACACGUGGUUUGCUGGCCUGGUGCAUCUUUUCAACCGUGCUGUUGCUUCUGCUGCUUCCGCUGGUGUCGAUAGCCGAGAGCUAUGGGUACGAUUCAGCGUCAUCGUGCGAUCCAACGCGUGCAUCUCGUCGGGGUCGUUCCCAGCUGUUGAAGACCAUUCCGUGCGAUCUGAGCGUUCAAGCAUACUGUAAUCUGCCCGGUUCAGCGUAUCCGUGGCAUGCCGUCCGACGGUUUGUACACGAAAACCAAGGUCUUAUGCGUCGGAUGUACGGCGACGUGCGACACAUCGCGGUGCUUAGGGAGGAGUUUGAAAACAACGAAAUCGACAUCGAUGAUAUCGAUCGUGCUACGGAACGAUACACGCGGCCAUUCGAUCACGUUGGUGCCGGGGUUGGAAGGGAUAGCAAGCGGAUGAAGUAUUUGCGACCAUCAUCACUACACUACGAGGGUGGAGCGGGACACUAUCCACGGGAGAAGGGCAACGAGAUCCCACUGAACGAGCCACAUUUCCGUCCCACUCAGCUAAAGACAACGGUGACGACAACCGUGAUGCCAAGUACACCUAGCACUACCAAGACUAGCUCCACCACACCCGGGGCUAAAACUGCGGCACCCGCAGGGGAAUCGAAUCUGAUCGCUACUACGGAAAACGGUGCACCUUCUACGACUGUGAGCAGUACCAGCACGAGCACUACCGUUGAGUCACCUUUGCCGAAAAAGUCUUCUCAAGCGCCUGCUGAACAAACGAAUCAAUCGACCACUCAGACGACGCUAGAUCUGUCGGCAUCAAGUCCACCUGUCGCGAGUAAAGUCGAGCAGCAAGUAGCAUCUACGAUCAGCACGGCAGCCACCACAGACACAGCCCAAGCAGCAGGUGUAAUGCAUGAAGGCAUAUUACCCAUCAAAAACACUAUUCUAUCUUCGUCCGAUACUGUGACGAUCGAUAUGGAUGCUCUCUCCUCGCUAGCAAAGUUGGAAACGAACGAAUCACUGCAAACCGCCUUCCAUUCUGGCGACAGAGCGGCUCAAGAACCCGUCGGUAAAAUUUCUUCCACUCUAAAACUCGCUUCGUCCAACAAUUUACCGAAGCUAGAGGAACUCGAUCGUAACGAUGGCCCUGUAACAGAGAAUGGUUCCAAGGUAACCGACAUCGAGUCCACCAUAAGCAACUAUCCCAACGACCGUCAAGACAUCGAUGCUGUGGUCCCAGUGUCGGAUGAUAUUGCGACAGAUGGUUCAGACCUACCGGGUAGUAGCAAAAAUGUAGUGGCGGAACCGUUAGUCCAGCCGGACGCUGCUCCAGCAAGCAACAACAUAUCACAGCAACAGCAACAGAAAAUUCGAUUCGAAAGCAUUAAACCACACCCGGGAACGAUAACUGCCAGCAGUACGGCGUCGGUAAAAAAGACCAACCCCGAGGGACAGCUGUUCCAGGAUGCGGCCCAGAAAGAACCGCCAGUCGUUAAUGGUCGAGGAGUUAACGCCUGCCCAGUUAAGGAGGAAGUAGUCGCACCAUUCUGGGCCAACAAUACCCGCGGCGAAGUGCUGGCCCUGUUGAACCUGUAUCCCUUCGAGCAGUACGUCCACUGGGAGAAGUGUACGCACGAGCUGAAGCAGAUGUACUGUCGGGAGGGUUGUCGCUGCGAACAGCAGUACCGCUUGCACAGGCUUCUGGCGUACGAUCCACACAACGAGUGCCGAGGGAUCUUUUCCGACUGGUUCCGGUUUCCGUCAUGCUGCAUCUGCAAAUGUUACGACAUGCCGUUCGAUUUUCGCGUCACCUCGCGCAGUCCACGUUCGCUCACGAAGGAAUCGAUCGAGCUGGUGGAGGAUGAACUGCAGAACGCCAUCUACGAGCAUGCGGCCGACGAGUGGUACAGGCCGAAGGAGCACGAUGUGGAUCAAACGCUUUGAAAAGCUGAACACAGUGCGAACACACGCGUCCAAAGGCUAGUGAUAUAAUUGUGUGUUUGUUUUUUUUUAUCGUUUUUAUGCUUUGCUGUAGAUAACUAACCCUCCACGUAUAUAUUCUAUUGCUUGUGUUCCUCGGCGGACCAGUGAGGUGAGCGAUGCUCGGACGGCUUGGAAGUAUGUCACGGUUUAUUGUGACCGUUAAGCAGGGGAAGAGAAAGAAACUUCUACAAGAAGAUUCUUCAAUAAAUUAUUACAAUCGAA